AAACAUCUCCUCUUCUCUUCUCUUUUCAUCACUUUCAUAUUCAUUACCAAAGCUCAAACCUUAAUGGACCAAGCCCUUUUGCCAUUUGGCUCACAGAAUAACAUGGGUAGGUUCACUAGAAGCUGCGGCACUCGCCGUAGUGGUGCCUCUACCAUCACUAUACUCAACAACUGCCCCUCCACGAUUUCGGCAGCUAUACUAGUCAUUACCCCAAGUUUCGGCAGCGGUCGACGUCUCGAAAGCGGCGAGGCUUGGACCUUGAAUAUGCUCGACAGUUCGGUAGGACAUAUUUGGGGUAGAACAAAUUGUUUCUUCGACAGCUUAGGGAGAGGACGUUGUGAGACUGGUGAUUGUCGCGGAGUUCUCAACUGCCAAGACUCGGGCGCACCGCCCGUAACUCUAGCUGAAUUUGCACUCAAUCAAGCUAACAAUUUGGAUUUCUUGGAUAUCUCUCUUGUCCAAGGCUUCAAUAUUCCAAUCAAAUUCAGUCCGAAGACGGCCUAUGGAUGUAGUAGGGGAGCCAGUUGCGCAGCGGAUAUCAAUCGACAGUGCCCUACGGAGCUGAGGGCGCCCGGCGGCUGCCAAAGUCCAUGCACGGUGUUCAAGACCAAUGAAUAUUGUUGUGUUAACUCGACGAUGAAGUGAGGGCCAACGAGUUAUUCGAGAUUUUUUAAAGCUUUGUGCCCUGAUGUUUAUAGCUACCAAUUCGAUGAUGAAGCUAGUACGUUGACGUGCCCUGGUGGUACUGGUUACGACGUCGUAUUCUGUCCUACGUAACAUGUAACUGUUGUAUAAUUUAAAUUUGAACUAGUAUUUUGACA